UGGGGGGGGGUGCCCAGCUGCCAUCCCCGCCGUCUCCUGGCCCCCACUCUCUGGCACCCAAGUAGGAGGGAGGCAGCUGCCCGCUCCCUCCUCCCACACUCCCGCUACCUGCCCAGUCCCCGAAGCGAAGCGUGAGGAGGCUGCGAGCCAGUCGGGCGAGCCCACAACUUUGCAGCCUCAGGGAAGACCAGGGUUGGCGUCCGGGGCUCCUCCUGUCGCGACUAGAGCUCGGAAUGUAAUCGAGGAUGCUGGCCUUGCGGCUGCUCAACGUGGUGGCCCCCGCCUAUUUCCUUUGCAUUUCCCUGGUGACCUUCGGACUGCAGCUUUUCCUCUUCCUGCCCAGCAUGCGUGAGGACCCCACAGCCACCCUGCUCUUCUCGCCUGCCAUGCUUCACGGGGCGCUCUUCCUGUUCCUCUCAGCCAACGCCCUGGGCAAUUACGUCCUGGUCAUCCAGAACUCCCCAGACGACCUGGGCACCUGCCAGGGGACCACGUCCCAGAGACCUCAGUGCCCACCACCCAGCACCCACUUCUGCCGAGUGUGCUCCCGAGUCACACUGAGGCACGACCAUCACUGUUUCUUCACCGGCAACUGCAUCGGCAGCAGGAACAUGCGCAACUUCAUUCUGUUCUGCCUCUACACCUCGCUGGCCUGCCUUUACUCCAUGGUGGCCGGAGUGGCCUACAUCUCAGCUGUCCUUUCCAUCUCCUUCGCCCACCCCCUGGCCUUCCUCACGCUCCUGCCCACUUCAAUCAGCCAGUUCUUCUCCGGAGCUGUCCUCGGUUCUGACAUGUUCGUCAUCCUCAUGCUUUACCUCUGGUUCGCUGUCGGCCUGGCCUGCGCCGGUUUCUGCUGCCACCAACUGCUGUUGAUCCUCCGGGGGCAAACCCGCUACCAGGUUCGAAAGGGGAUGGCUGUAAGAGCCCGACCCUGGCGCAAGAACUUACAGGAGGUCUUCGGAAAGAGAUGGCUGCUUGGCUUGCUGGUCCCCAUGUUCAAUGUCGGCACCGAGAGCUCGAAGCAGCAGGACAAAUAGCUGGCAGGCACUCCUGCCAUUUCUGUGUCUCAGUUUCUCCUGAACCUAAGACCACAGCACCCUUGUCUUCACCUGUGACACACCACACCCUCCCCUAGGAAGGGCCUCAUAUCCACCCCAGGUCUUCAGUCCUCAGAGGAUAUGUUAACAGGUGCAUCUCGACGUGGAAGGGAAGUGGCUGCCUGGGCACCACUCGGCUGCUCCAGGGCCAGCCAGGUAGGGAGCUGCUAAAUCGUUAAGGUGUUUCUACUUCAAGUUUUUUGGUUUUUUGUUUUUUUUUUUCUGGUGAGCCCUUCUCUGCCCCUACCUGGCCUUUCCUCUCCUGUGUCUCGGGUCAUUGAUGCUUUUGCUAAAGUCCUUCUCUCUGUGUUGAUAUUUGGAGACUACAUUCUUGCUGCUAGCAGGAGAUUCCACAGAACCGAGAGGCUGGUAAAUGGUAGCUACCAUGAAUGAGAAGCAGUCAAGUAAGCUUUGCCAACUGCUAGUGAGAAUGGGAAGGGGUGGGGAUCCACCCUCGUCCACUGUGAGGGAUAAGCAAUAGUAUUUGUGUUGGGAGGGGGGGGUGGCACAGGCACUUGCUGCUCAGCCGGAGUACAGAGCCCUUUCCCUAGAGACAGUAAUCAACAGCCUGAUGUUCUUCAAUGCUGUUCUCUGUCCAACCUGCCCCAGCCCAGCCCAGGAGUUAGCUGAAUAGUUCUUUUCUCUGGAAUUUCUCUGGCCUUUCCCUUUGGUCUCCAGCCUUCAGAUUUUUGUUCGUUUGUUUGUUUGUUUUGCUAGCUAUUGGGAAGGGAGAAGGGAGAGAGAAGAGGGAGUUACUUACCCAUAAGUAAUAAGAGAAGUGUGCUUCUUAUAUAGCCUUAUAUAAUCGUGUGUGUGUGUGUGUGUGUGUGUGUGUGUGUGUGUGUGUGUAAGAGGGGGAGGAGGUAAGGAGUGUUGUUAUGAGCACAGAGAGAGAGUGAGUAUUGGAGGGGAAGGAGGGAGGAGCAAAUGGGUUAACUCUUUUGCAGCCAAAGCCAGCCAGUGAUUGAAUGUUACCUGGAGUGAGUGCUGGCCCUGGAGGUAUUUUGACAGGAUCUAGGCAGUUAUCUACAAGAAGAGGGUUUUUUUUUUUUUUUUUUGUACUAGUUUGUUCUAGAUGAACUUAGUGAUGACUUUCCACUCCUUGAUUCCAAUGUCUUCUUUGAUACUGUUGGGCCCAGGGACAAGAUCUUUAGAAACAAGAUCUUGGGCUGGAGAGGUGGCUCAGCAGUUAAGACUGCUUUUCCAGAGGUCCUGAGUUCAAUUCCCAGNAACCACAUGGUGGCUCACAACCAUCUGCAGUGGGGUCUGAUGCCCUCUUCUAGUGUGUCUGAAAAAAGUAGAGAAGUGUAUUGACAUACGUAAAGUAAAUAAAUCUUUAGGAAAGAAGGAAAGAAGAUAUUUAGAGAUAAGAUCUUUACUUGCUUUCAUGGGGCGGGAGGUAGGACAACCAUGGAAAGGGUCUAAAAAUCAUGACACAGACUUUCUGCACACAGUCCAGCCACCCAGGAGACUUCCUGAUGUUAGCAAUAGCUGAGAGGGGGCCAGCAGUAGAGGACAGGGAGGUAUAACUAUGUUAGAGCCAGGUUGGUGCUGUUAGCUGUAAGGAGAGAGAAACCUGGAGGUCAUGCUCAGCCCUGAGGAGUUUGUGGGAAUGACAGAACAUUGGGGUGCAGUUGCCAGUCCAUUCCUGCCCGUCUGGCUAGCUCUAGAUAGGGGUCCUGCCUUGUAUCCUGAGACCCAGAGGACCAGACAGACCCCUGGGGCAAAUGAAGGUGUGGGAUCCACACAAAAACCGUCUCCUGACUUGGUCCCAGGGCCCAUACAACAUCCAUACAGGCACUGAGGCCAAAGUCUGUGCUCUGCAGUAUCCAGUGGGUGGCCACAGUGACCCCAGCCACUGCCCAAGAAGAGCGUGAAUUGGUGAACAGAGCGCGGGAGGAUAUUACUCAGGUCCGACUUUGGUGCCCCCCAGAGGGCUAAUGUAGUAAUGGCGUUCCUGCUGACACUUCUCCCUUAGCAGGUAUUCUUUUAGGCUCAUACUCUUAUCCGUUCAUCCUAGCUAUCUGUAUCAAGCACCGCCCGUGGGCAAUCCAGACACCCACCAUCAGGGGCAGAUGAUGCUCUGCUUUUUUGGCAGUCAUGGCAGCUGGCCCCUUGGAGACGAAUGAUGUGCAGGGCUAAAGGGGAGCCCAGGCUUCCUCAGUGGAAGAGCCAUUCAAGUAUCUCUGCUCACAGUUCUGGGCACCCUUUAGCAGCAUGAAGAAACACGGGAGGGGAGAUGUCUGGAUAGUUCGGGUCUUGGGGCUCUCUUGACCCUACAGUCCAAACUCGAAAGCCAGCCCUAUAGUGUUGUCCAGGCUCGGGACCACUGAGCCUGACAUCCCAGAGGGGAAAGGGAAUACUUCCGGUGGCCAGGUCUUUAAACAGGUCAGGGACUAACGGCUGUAGGGAGAUUGUCAGGUGUGGCACUUGAGUGGCAUUUGAACACACGGCCCUCUGUUGUUAAUAAAGAAAAAUCAAU